AUUCAUCAUCAUUCAUCCAUUCCUCUCUUUCAUUUAUUUUUCCUAGAGAUAAAAAUAAAAUAAAUAAAUAACCGCUUGUAAAUCUAUAGAUAUAGAAAUCAUAAGUAAAUAUCAUCAUCAUCAUCAUCAUCAUCAUCAUCAUCAUAAACAAUCUUAUUGAAAUCUCAAUUUUACUAUUGAAAACGAUUUUGAAUAAUUAGGGUUUCCAUCAUAUCUCUAGUAAAUACGAUUUCACCAUGGAUUACAGGAUGCCUAAUAAUGAAGUUGACGAAAUCGACUACAUGGCAGACGAGGUGGAUGUUUUGGAUUUCGUGAUGGAUGAUGUGGAGGCAGGUGGUGGUGUAGAUCAAGUUGUCGAGGAUUACGAUAUGGUGACAGAUACAUCUUCAGCUCAAGCAAGGAGAGGCAAAGACAUUCAAGGUAUUCCAUGGGAACGACUAAAUAUAACAAGAGAUAGUUACAGGCAAACACGGCUGGAACAGUACAGAAACUAUGAAAACAUCCCGUUAUCCGGCGAUAAAGUUGAUAGGGAAUGUAAACAGAAGCAGAAGGGUGGCAACUACUAUGAGUUUUUCCACAAUACAAGAUUGGUGAAGCCUACAAUCCUCCACUUUCAGCUAAGGAAUCUGGUUUGGGCUACCUCAAAACAUGAUGUAUAUCUGAUGUCUAACUACUCACUCAUGCAUUGGUCAUCGUUAUCAUACAACUUGACUGAGAUCCUUAAUUUUUCCGGGCAUGUAGCACCUACAGAGAAACAUGCUGGGAGUUUGCUCGAAGGUUUUACACAAACUCAGAUAAGUACGCUAGCAGUUAAGGAUGAUUUCCUGGUAGCAGGAGGCUUUCAAGGAGAGCUGGCCUGUAAGAGGUUGGAUAAAAAGGGUGUAAGUUUCUGUACAAGAACUACUUAUGACGACAAUGCCAUCACAAAUGCUGUUGAGAUAUAUGACAGCUUGAGUGGUGGAAAGCAUUUUAUGGCAUCGAACAAUGAUGGUGGUGUGAGAGAAUAUGAUAUGGAGAAAUUUCAGCUAAUGAAUCACUUCCGCUAUCCUUGGCCUGUGAAUCAUUCCUCAUUAAGCCCAGAUCGCAAACUUAUAGCUGUUGUUGGAGAUCAUCGCAAUGGACUUGUUGUGGACUCAUCAAAUGGAAAGACAAUGGCAUCAGUGGAAGGUCACCAGGACUAUUCAUUUGCUUCUGCAUGGCAUCCAGACGGAAGAGUAUUUGCUACUGGGAACCAGGACAAGACUUGCAGGGUGUGGGAUCUAAGAAACCUUUCUGACCCAGUUGCAAUUCUUAAGGGAAACAUGGGAGCUGUCCGAUCAGUUCGUUUCUCUUCAAACGGGCAGUUUUUGGUUGCAGCUGAACCUGCGGACUUUGUGCACGUUUAUGACACAAACUUGAACUAUGAGAAGAGGCAAGAGAUCGAUUUCUUUGGAGAAAUCUCGGGGGUAUCACUUAGCCCGGAUGAUGAAACCCUUUAUAUUGGAGUAUGGGACCGAACUUAUGCCAGCUUGUUACAAUAUAACAAACGACAUAAGUACGGGUACCUUGACUCUUUUAUGUAGUCUAGGUCUAGUAGUCCCUUACCUAAAAUAAGAUUGUGAUUGAAAUGAGUUUUUGUUUGAUUUCUUGUUCUGGAUUCGUGGGUAGUGUUGGUUAUUGGAGUAUAUGAUGAUAAAAGUAAGACAUUGGGGUAUUGUGUAAAACAUUUGUCAAGAAAAUGUAUAGCAGUCAUCUUUAAAAGAAACAAUGUGUUUUUUCA